AUGCCCUCUCCUCGUGGUAGUUCGCGACAUGCUCACCAAGUCUCGAGCAGCCUCCAUUCGCGACCCGUCGACCGUGGCCAGACUCCGACGCCGACCCAAGAGUCUCGGUGGCAUCAUCCAGCUCCCUCGAAGCCCAGCCAGCCUUCCGGCACCCAAGGCUAUCAUCUCCGCAAAUCCUCGACCGCAGAUCUCUCGUCCCUAGCUUCCGGAAACCGAGAUUCCUUUGCCUCCAUCCUCGACGACCCCUUCUUCAACAACUACAAGUCAGUUGUCUAUCCAGAAACCGCCGCCGAGUCCUCCGGCCAGCCCGCUGCUGCGAAACCCGCCGCCGGAUGCGAUGAGAAGGCGAACCAGCCGCUUUGGCCCCCUCCUGCUCGCCGCGAGUCGUUAAGUGCUGGCCCCUCCCGCUACCAGCAAAUCGACCCCCCGCCCUCCGCCAUGGAGACCUUCAACAUCGCCGUCAUCGGCUCCGAAGGCGUCGGCAAGUCGUCCUUCGUCCAACGGGUCCUCAACCUCCCGCGACCACCCAUCACCAAUGCCUCGACCGUCCGCAUGCCAAUUGACAAUGUGAUGCACAUGGUCAUGCUGCUCGAGCUCGACCUCGAGCACUUUGCAUUGGACCCCGAGCUUCCCAUUCAAUGGCCGAAACAGAUCAAUGGGCACAUAAUGCCGCGAGUCGACGCCGCUUUAAUUCUGUACGAUGUAAUGAACCGGGCAUCUGUGGCUGAGCUGCCUCAAACAAUGGCUGCUUUGACCAACUCAGGUCUCCCUGCGAUUCUUGUUGCCACCAAGUGCGAAAAUCCCAAGGACGAGUGGGAGGUUAUCCCCGACGUGAUCACGGGCAGCAAGUUUUACCAGUCCUGCCUCGCAUCAUACAAGCUCUCCAGCGAGAAUCCCGAAGUCGCCCGCACCUGCCUGCAGGCGAUCCUCAAAGCCGCCAUUAUUCACCGAAGAGAAGAAAACGGCGAGACAGUAUCCCGAAGGCGCGCCCAAUCGAACCUGGAGAUGCCUGAUACGUCAUCUACCCGCCCUACCAGUGAACAGAACAAGCACAGUCGAGCCAGCUCCGACCUCUCUUUAUUGCGUGGCUUUGCCAACCUUCCGAUCAACGAACGCGGCCAAGCUUCAAAAAGCAGCCCCCGGCUCGGCAAGCCUGGAGAAUCCGACAUUCAAACACAGCAGUCGUACAACAGCAUGCUACGGACCUCUUCUGGCAUCCGCCUGGACAGACCAGGCACUGAGUCUUCACAGGAUAUCGACGAAUCCGAUGCCGAGUCACGGCGAUAUUCAGACGACGUUCCCAUCCUACAACGAAACGACGAAACCGGUGGCGGCACUGCGAAAAUCGUCGGAGCUUCCUUCGACGAGCUAGUUGACCGACUUCUCGCCCCCCGAAUUUCGAAAAACGACAGUAACUUCUCAGAUAUUUUCCUCUGUCUCUACCGCAAGUUUGCCGCGCCCGGCGAGCUUUUCUCAGCCAUUCUCACCCGACUCGACGACGUACGUGAUGACAAAACAUCGCACUACCUGACCAAGACUGCUACCCAAUUACGGAUGAUCGAAGUCGUAGCAAGAUGGGUAUCAUUGUAUCCUGGCGAUUUUGCCCGACCAACCACCCGCCGAAAUCUGGAGGAGUUUAUCAAGCAUCUUUCGACGGAGCCUAUCUUCUCAAUCUCAGCACAGCAAAUUCGUCGCAACCUACACUUCAAUGUGACUGAAGAUGACGACACUGGUUGGGCAAACACGGAUGAAGACGGAGACAAGGCUGCCAGCGACCUGUUAAAAAAGGACUCUGACAAACUGGGUCAAAGCUUGAGUGGGUUGGGGAUUGAGGAUGAAGAAGGAGACGACAUGCCAUCUCGAAGCUCUGACAACUCAUUCGGUGACAGAGGCAGUGUAGGGAGCCAGUUCCAAUUCCAUUGGUAUGAGGAGUAUGAAAGAGAAGCAUCAUCGCUUGAGCCCUCGAGCCACUUACCGAUGAACAAAUUCCGGUACCACAUCUUCAUGGAUAUUCCGGACGAGGAGAUAGCUGACGAGCUUACCCGUAUUGAUUGGGUAAUGUUCUCGUCGAUUCGAGUUCGAGACUUUGUUCGCCAUGUCAGCUUAUCGACGGCAGAGAAGGGCAAAUGCCGGAGCCUCCAGAACGUGAACCGCAUGAUUGCACACUUCAACCACGUUGCUCAAUGGGUCGCCAAUCUAAUUCUGCUGAGGGACAAGGCCAAACACCGGGCACAGAUGAUGGAGAAGUUCAUGAAUAUUGCCCUCAAACUUCGACAAAUGAACAAUUACAACGGACUCGCAGCAGUUCUCGCGGGCAUCAACGGAACAUCAAUUCAUCGCCUAGCCCAGACCAGAGCCUUGGUCCCCCCGGAGGUCCAGAAACGUUUCGCCCGACUCGUAAUUCUAAUGGGCACGCAAAAGAGUCACUUCGCCUACCGACUUGCUUGGGAGAAUUCCCCACUUCCCCGAAUCCCAUUUAUUCCUUUGCAUCGCCGCGAUCUCGUGUCGGCCGAGGAGGGAAGCAAGACAUUUGUUGGCCCGAAAGGCGACCGUAUCAACUGGAAGAAGUUUGAGGUUCUUGGAGAGGUCCUCCUUCCCAUGAUGAAGAGUCAAGGCACCCCCUACCCUGGCUUAUCAAAGCACGACAACAUCAAGGACAUGAUCUUAGGAUGUCGUAUGCCCACAGAUGAUGAGGAAAUAUACCAGCGGAGCAUACAGGUUGAGACCGGAGUGGGAGGACCCGCGGAGCAAACUAGAAAGAAAUCAUUCCCAUGGUUUAAGCUCUGGAACCAACUUGGCAUUCGAUUCAUAUCUUUGGGCGACGAGACGGCGAUUCCUGCGAACGAAAUUGGAUUGUCUAUUCAGCAUCCUGAUUUAACCUCGGCUCUUGUGGCAUCAACAAAGACUUUGGUUGCAGAAUUCAUCUCUGCGAGAUGUGCGAUUGACUUGUCGGUAACCAAGGCAUCCAGCACGGUUCAUAAAAGGCCGCGCCUACCUGUUCAGAAACCAUCGGACGAUGCCACGUCAAACAACCGCCGUGGUAUAGACCAAGAUGUUAAUAUAGACGACCAGAGGGCGGUAUCUGAGUUCGUGGCCAACCUUCAUGAAUGCGAGGAGCGGAAUCGUCAGCCGAACCGGUCGAAAAGAGAACGGACCUCUGAAACCCAACAUCCCAUUGAAAACAUUGGGCUUCACAAGAAUGCCAUUGAUACUGCGAUACGUAUUAUUCUGUUCGGUUCAAAUAGCACUGGCAAUAGCUACAGGCCCUUAGAGCAAGUAUCAGCCCCUGGAUUGUCGCAGUUAGCACCUGGCGUGUUCAACGUUUCAUACACAGAGGUCGUCUCUAAGAGAGCAAAUCUGUGUACUACUAUUAGUUCUUCAUUAGCAAGAAUGGUAGCAGCUGAGUCGCCCAGUCUAAGGCGUAAGGUCGAUAUGCUCAAGAUAUCAGCAACCUCAGGAGAAAUCAACGUUCCGCCAGAAAUAGACAUAAUUCAGGGCAUAGAGAGAAAUGUCUGGGAGAUCAUUUUAAAAUCUUCGAAGCCUCCCUCAAGAGGGAAGAGAAAAGCCAAUGAGCCAUCUGACCAGCCCAAACGUUCACGGCAUGACCUUGAACAACAGUCCAACUUAGUGGAUGAUGCGUCAGCUUCCCCAAUCGGGCGCUCUUCACCUCUAGUCAUGGAAAUAUAUGAAGAUAUAUCGACCACCGAGUCAAAUGAAAGGAUAGUUCCAGAUACGCUGGAUACUUCUGUGUUCAAUCAAGCCUCGAGUUCUGGCUUGGCGUUGGAGGAUUCUCAUAUACAUGAAUAUUUUAGCAGCUUGUCCCAAACUCUGUGGUAUGAGCCGGCAUUGCCUUCUGAUUCUCAACCGCUACAAAUCUUUGGAAAUGGGCCAUCUCUUUAA